AUGAUUGACGUGGAAACUGCCAUCAACGCUAGUGUGUUCGGAACUCCUAUGGUUAACACGUCGUCCACUGAAGACCUCCAUCUGAACAGUAACACGUCAUCCACCGAAGACCUGUAUCUGAACAGUAACACGUCGUCCACUGAAGACCUCCAUCUGAACAGUAACACGUCAUCCACCGAAGACCUGUAUCUGAACAGUAACACGUCGUCCACUGAAGACCUCCAUCUGAACAGUAACACGUCGUCCACUGAAGACCUGUAUCUGAACAGUAACACGUCCACUGAAGACCUUCAUCUGAACAGUAACACGUCGUCCACUGAAGACCUUCAUCUGAACAGUAACACGUUGUCCACGGAAGACCUCCAUCUGAACAGUAACAUGUCAUCCACUGAAGACCUCCAUCUGAACAGUAACACGUCGUCCACUGAAGACCUCCAUCUGAACAGUAACACGUCGUCCACUGAAGACCUCCAUCUGAACAGUAACACGUCGUCCAUUGAUAAAUCACGUUUUUUAUGUGAAACAGGCCAGGCACAAGACCGUGCAAGAUCAGGAAGGCCAAGGGUCACAGCGCCAGCUGAAGACCACUACAUCCGGACAAUCCACCUGCGGAACCGAUUCGUGACGGCGAUGUCUACGGCGGCGACGGCACUGGGACACCCUAUCAGCAGACGAACAGUCUUAAGACAACUCCGCAGGGCUGGUAUCAGAGCUUUCUGCCCCUUCUGUGGAAUGGCCUUGACCCCUGAGACCGUCAACGCAGAUUACAAUGGGCACGAACUGUACGUCGAUGGCAGCGGCGUGAUUAGGAAAGGCAGUGUUCACGGAUGA